UUUUCGGGAAACUUCUCUUUUCCCUCUUUCUCUAAGCAGGGGUGUUUCUCUCUCCACGCUCCAAAGACUCGUCUUGGCGGCUAACCCAUCUUAUCCUUCUUCGUCUCCUCGAUUUGCCUUACCUUGUAAUCGCUUCACGCUCUCUGGGUUUUAUUCAAAUAUAUAAAUCAGAUUCUGAUCUCAUAUCCAUCGUCGAUCUGAUCAUGGCAACCGUGGCUCCUCCAGCUGAUCAAGCAGCAGGGUUUUUGCAGAAGUUGAACUUAGAUUCGGAUUCUAAACCCUUUGAAGUUCCUGACAAUGCGAAGAAGUAUUCGUCUGUGAACUCGGGUAUACUGGCUAAUGGUUUGAACAAGCCAUUUGAGAGAUCUUUAACUCCCUUCCGUCAAGAUUUUAUGGAUCCAAGUAUGUUCUACCCCAACACUUAUCCAUCUACAUUUUACUAUGGAGCCAAUGAGUGGGAAGAUUACAGGUACGCUGGCAAUGAGGGAGUCGAGGGUGCUUAUGGUAACAAUGGGUCCCUUAUGUACCCACAAGGAUAUGGUUAUGCACCUUUUGGCACAUAUCAUCCACCCACUUCUCCUGUUCCAACAAUGGUGCACGAUGGGCAGCUUUAUGGACCACAGCAUUACCAAUACCCUUCUUACUACCCGUCUACUGUUCCAAGUACUGGAUCAUAUGCUCCUCCUCAUGCAGGUGAUCAAGCUUCUCUGCCUGUGGAUGCUGCCAAAGUUAACACUAAUUUGGCAAAUGCAGGAGGUGGCCAUGGGAUAAAUGCACCAAAGCCACUUAGACCUAACUACCAAAACUCAACUUGGCGAAAUACCUCUGUAUAUCCUGAUGGCAAGUCAAAACAUGCACCAGUUUCUCAUGGAAAUAAUUUCUUUAAUAAUGGCAGGAACCAAAAUCUUCAUUCUUACUCUCAUCUCACGCAACCAAGACCAACUCCAGGAAUGAACAUGAACCAGGCUGGAUUUGUGGAUAGAAUGUAUCCAAACAACAGGCUUUAUGGCCAAUACGCCAACAUGUUUAGGACGGGGACUGAAUAUGGAAUUUCAAGUUAUGAUCGCAGUAGACUGAAUGCUCGUGGAUGGAUGGGAAUUGAUAGUAGGUAUAGUAAGCCCAGGGGUCGUGGUAAUGGCUAUUUUGCCCAUGACAACAAUGUGCACGAUGGAUUAAAUGAAUUGAACAGAGGUCCUAGAGCCAAAGGAUUCAAGAACAUCAAGGAAGUGGAACCUGUCACAGUAGCCUUAAAGGGUGGUCAGAAUGUUCAACCUGCUACUGUCGUGAAUGAGGAAAAGAAAUCCGAUUUAGACCAGGGGAAAUAUAACAAAGAAGAUUUUCCCGAGGUUUACAAAGAUGCUAAAUUCUUCAUCAUCAAGUCUUACAGCGAGGAUGAUGUUCACAAAAGUAUCAAAUAUGGUGUAUGGGCCAGUACCCCUAACGGAAACAAGAAACUUGAUGCUGCAUAUCGGGAAGCACAAGAAGUAGCUGGCGGUUGUCCCGUUUUCCUGUUUUUCUCUGUUAACGCAAGUGGGCAAUUUAUCGGUGUUGCUGAGAUGGGUAGUGGUGUUGAUUUUGAUAAGAGCGUUGAAUAUUGGCAACAAGACAAGUGGAUGGGUUGCUUCCCGGUUAGAUGGCAUAUUGUGAAGGACAUACCAAAUAGCUUGCUGAAACACAUAACUUUAGCGAACAAUGAGGAUAAGCCUGUGACCAAUAGCCGAGACACCCAAGAGGUUAAGUUGGAGCAGGGUAUUGAAAUGCUUAAGAUUUUCAAGGGACAUUCUAGUAAGACCUGCAUUUUGGAUGAUUUCGGGUUUUAUGAAGCUCGUCAGAGAAUCAUUCAAGAAAAGAAAGCUAAACAACAGCUGUUUAAUAAACGAGUGGUAAAUGGCAAGACUUCUGAAGUUGCGGCUGAAGAGAAAGUGACCAAAGUUUUGGAGAAACCAUUAGAUGUUUCUUCUGCUUCUGCUGUUGCUGCUGCUGCUGCUGGUCCUAUCUUGGUUGAAGAACCUCUUGUUGUGAAUGCAGCUUUGGAGGAUGUGAAGACCAAUCAAGUUGUCUCAAAGCCGGCUUCUUCAUCAUCAUGAUUUUCUUUGUUGAAUAUUUCGUGUUUGUUUGUUUAGGGGUGGGGAGGGUAUUUUGGUGGUUUUGUUUGCAAAGUUUUUCUUGGUUUAAGAUUUCUUCUAAGUAGUAAUAUAAAUAGAAGCGAAUAUGACUUCGACCUACUAAGUAUUGCUUUCUUUUCUUUUCUUUACCAGUUAUAAUAAUAAUACUGCAUAUGACUA